GUGAUUUCUUCCGGGUUUUUUCAGUCUCACUUUGUUUUGUUUGGGUGGAUCAGCAGUCGGCUCAGCAUGCCAAAAAGUCCCUUUUUUGUAGCCGUAACGGCCGCUUUCUUUAAGCUCUGUUAAAAACAACAUGUUUUCUGGAAUUUCGCUCAGCAGAACAACACGUUAACGUCAGAAAAGUUAAGUUUUUCGUGAUUUUACUGCGACCUGAGACACCUGUUGCUCCGGUUUCGACAGACAGGUGCCUUCCUCUAAAACGGAGCAGUUUCGGCUCCUCGGACCAGUCAAACUUGGAUUAACUUUAUUCCCUUGUCGUUUUUUGUUUUUUGUUUUUUUUUUGUAACAACAGUGUGAAAGCAUAGCUGGCAUGAAAGUUACAGUAACCUUCGGUGACACCGCAGUGGUGGUCCCCUGUAAAGCUGGAUGGACCGUACGGGAAUUAAUCGAACAAGCCACACGGAGGUACCGCAGGAUAAUAGAACAGCAACAUGGAGACGUUCCUGUGAAUAUUCACCACUUGGAGUACGUUGACGGAGGUAUCCUAGACAUUGACGACUUGCUUGGUGACCUGGUGGAAGACAGAGAAAAGCUGGCGGCUGUGUUUGACGAAGACCAGCGCGGGGGUACGGAGAGUCCCAGAGAGUCCAUAUCCAACGGCUUCUCCAGCGAUGGUGCAAGUCCAGAAGCCAUGCACUAUUGUCCCCACCUGGAGUACGAGGAUUCGAGCAGAGGGGAGAUUGAGGUCAACGAGGCCAUCCUCAAAACCAAUACACCUCUGUUAGUGAGGAGCAGCAGCGACUCUGUUUUGCCACCUCCUCAUGAGACAACACCUCCACCUCCACCUGACGACCAAAGCAGCAAGCCUCCUCCUGAGCCAGAAAUCAGCAGUGUACUGAAAGGAGCCUUGGACAAACUGCACACGGAGAGCCCCCCACCCGAGAAGAUGAACCAGGUUAUCUUCAGUACUCUUACAAAGACAGUUGAGUUCCCAGGUGACCGGGCCCCCCUGGGUAUCCAUGUGGUCCCCUACUGCUCCUCCCUCAGUGGAAGACCUCUGGGCCUCCACAUUAAAGGCAUUGAGGAGAACAGCCGCUCCAAGAGAGACAAUCUCUUCAAGGAGGAUGAAUGCAUUGUCCAAAUCAACGACACGCCACUGCAUGACAAAACCUUCGCACAGUCCCAGGAGGUGUUCCGUCAAGCCAUGUCGUCUCCUUCUGUGCGUCUGGAAGUCCUCCCUGCAGGCAGCAAACCACGUUAUGAGAAGAGCUUGAUCAGUCAGCUUUUCACUGGUGACCACAAAGACCCCCCUGUAAAAACCAAGAGUUCAUUAGUACCCCGCGCUCUAACCGACAGUCAGCCUGAAGCCAAACUGAAACCAAAAGUGCAGUUUCAGCAGCCAGACACACGUACCAAGACCCCAGAGCCAGCUCUGCAGAACACACCACCAUUGCAGCCCCAAUAUGGGUCUUUGGAGAGGGCUUCCCCCACACCUCCAGCUCAGACGGUGAACAACUCCCCCACACCCAGGACCGGCAGUCAGAGCCCGCUGGCUAACAAGAGUCCUGUUGCACCCGGACUUUCUAACCUUACAAACAAGAAAGGUGGCAAGAGGAUGAAAAUUGACCUGAGGAAAGGCACUGAGGGUCUGGGCUUCACCGUGGUCACCAGGGACUCCACAGUCCAUGGGCCGGGGCCAAUUCUAGUUAAGAACAUCCUACAGCGAGGGGCAGCAGUCAAGGACGGCCGCCUGCAACCUGGAGACCGCAUCCUGGAGGUGAAUGGAGUAGACAUGAUUGGUCAUACGCAGGAGGAACUUGUGGCCAUGCUGCGCAGCACCAAGCAGGGAGAGACGGUGUCUGUGCUGGUGUCCCGGCAGGAGGACCUCUUCCUGCCACGAGAGCUGAAGGGGGAGAAGGCGAGCAGUCAAGUGAUGGAGGAUGGAAGGGAGCAGCUGAUGUACGAGAUCCCGCUCAAUGAGUCGGGCUCAGCAGGCUUGGGCAUCAGCCUAAAGGGAAACAAGUCAAUGGAGACAGGAGAGGAUCUGGGAAUCUUCAUCAAGUCGAUCAUCCAUGGAGGGGCUGCAUAUAAGGACGGCCGGCUAAGAAUAAACGACCAACUGAUCGCUGUGAAUGGCGAGUCGUUGCUUGGGCGCUCUAACCACGCUGCCAUGGAGACACUGAGGCGGUCCAUGUCAUCAGACGGGAACAUGCGGGGCACCAUCCAACUUGUUGUCCUCCGGGCUUCUACACAGGCAGGUAGUGGCAACUCUGCAUUAAGAACAGCAACAAACACCAACUCCAACCAUCGACCCAACGUCAAAGCCGGCUCUAGCAAUCAGGAAACUCGGAGCCAUGACACGGAUCAGAAGCCCCUUGGACCUACCAGAACUGCUAACCCAGAGUCCACCGUGAACGGCACCGGUCACGAGCCAUCAAAGAACAACGGCUACAGCGAAUCUAGGGCUGCUCCACCCGCCUCCAACGGCAACUAUGGUCACUACAGCAACGACGAUGAAGAGCAAGGCUUCCCCCCUCCACCCUCCCCUGAUUCUGUGGAGGAAAUCAACAGAGACUUACCUGAAUCUCCGCCACACCACAGGAAGGGGCCCGGCAUGCCUGCUGCUUUCUACCCAAACAGCCAACUCAUAAGGGAAAGGGACAACGUGCCUCGCAACAGAACCUCCAAGAGCAUGGACCUGGUGGCCGACGAGAGCAACGUGGGAUCACUGGUGGGGGAGAGAAAUGAGUUCCCCUUUGGAGGAGCGCUGGGUCCCACCCUAGGCCUCAUGAAGUCCAGUUCCCUGGAGAGCCUCCAGACGGCCGUGUCCGAGGCCCAGCAGAGCCGAAGGCAAGCUGAGGUCCCAUUCCACCGACCACGACCGCACGUGGUCCGAGGUCGAGCGUGCAACCAGAGUUUCCGCAACGCUAUCGACAAAUCCUACGAUGGGCCUUCUGAAGAUGAUGAUAUGUCAGACUGCAGCUCUGGCCACGAAACACCCGCCAGCACCUCCUCUCGUCAGGACCUGGAUGCAGACGAUGGGAAGAAGAAGAAGAAAACCAAGGGAAAGAAGAAGGAGAAGAAGAGCAAGGGGAAGAAGAAGGCAGAGGUCUCAGUGGAUGACCCAGAGAAGAAGUCUAAGAAGAAAGGAUUUGGCCUCUUAAGGUUCGGUAAGAAGAAAGAGGACAAGAGCAAAGAUCCAGCUAAAGGAUCGAAGAACAGACUGGAAGCCCUGAGUGAAGAGGAGUUGGACAAGAUCCCUUACAGCAGAGAUGGCUACGAGCCACGUUAUGCUGAGAACCGCUCUGGCUACACCACCCCUGACCAGGCCUCCCUUCCCGACAUGGAAGAUGACGAAAGCGACCCCAACUACGCCCGCAUCAGCAACUUCCGCCAGGCGCCCUCUCCGCUGUCCCUGAGCCGCACCCCGUCCCCAGCUAUGCCAAGAGGGGGGCAGAUUCAACCUCAGGCCCCCCUUGAGGACAUCAACGGACUUUACGCCAAGGUGAACAAAUCCAUACCGGCGCCUGUUUCACAGAACCAGCAGCAGGCCCAGCCAGACAGCAAUCAACGGAUCCAGGGACUGCGCAGGGAGUACCAGCAGGCCCGAGCGGCUCCGGGUUAUGAGGAGCUGGAGGCAGCAAGACGCCGAGUUCUGGAGUACGACCCGAACCGGACUGCACCCAGAGGAGCUGAUUCCCAGCAAAGGCAACGGUACGAAGAUUCAGAUCUGGAUUACAAUUCACAACCCAGGAGGGAUCCGUAUGAUUAUCCCACACACUCCAGGCCUGUUCCCAGGGAGCCAAUCCCCUACCCCAGUCACUACCAAGGCCCUCCAGUUUCCAGUAACCCCAGCCGUUUGCCACUCCCCCAGUCAUCCAACCAGUCUCAGCAGGUGGCAACUAAUCAACGUUACCAACCAACCGCGCAGCAACACCGUGCAGCUCUGAGACAGGACAUCCCUCCAUCUCCGACCGCAGGCCGCAGAGGGCGGCAGUACUACGAGCCCACAGUAGGGAGAGGAGACGGCUACAGGCAGGCUAGCCCUGCCCGAUACACCAGCCCAGAUAGGUACCCCGUGGAUAGGGGGCGCUACGCCAGCCCUGACGGCUACCGUUAUGGGGAUGAAAGACAACCCGAACCGAGGCGGAAGGACCCCAUGAUAGGUGCAGUGUAAAAUGAAGCCAGUAGUGACAAAGUAAAGUCUAACACCCGGGGUCUUUGCAAAGAUUUACAUUUAACUGUAUAUAAAUAUUAACAUAUAUAUUGUUUAUGGUGGAGAUAUUAUGCAUAUUCCAGUAUUGCCAAGGUUCACAAUGAGUCAAAUUUUAAAAUGCGGAAUGAAAUGAGAUUAAAUUGCACAAAUAUUUACAAUAAACAAGCUGCCAAAUAGAUGUAUAAAAUGAAGUAAAUCCUAGCAAUGAAAGCACUGUAUUUUGUCCAGAUGGAUCAAACUAAAGGCAAUAAAGAGGGAUGACCUUGUCCAGCUCGAUUAUACACCAGAGAAACAGGAACUUCUUGUGUCUUUUAGGCCUUGAUAUUUUGCCGAUCGAACUUCUUUUACUUCCUGAUAACAAGCUGGGUUAUUUUUCUCCUUUUGUCAUUUUGCCUUUGAUUAAGUGGAUGUGGUUACCGUUUGUUGAGAUAAAUUUAAUUGUGAUAUUUUCGUGUUUUUUCCUAAUAAAGUAAAUAAAUCUCGAUCUGCACAAACUUUACUGUUAUAAGCUACGCCACCGGUAAUGAAUUAAAAUGAAGCUUUUCCUCUUUAACUUAUCAAAUCUGAAAUUAGUUGCACUGACAAAUGUUUAACAUAUGGUAUGAAUUAAAUAUUGUCAAUUAAGAGAUUUUUUUCUACAAGUACUUUGCAAUAAAUUUUGAGAUUUUCA